AUGUGUAUCAAUUUCGACAUAAUAAAAGUUUACGGGUAUAUUGUUAAUAGGAACGAGAAAACGAAAGAUUUCAAACUCCGCAGAAUACCAGAGAAAUUUGCAGGUAUCGGACGAGGUUUGAAAGUAGUAGCUGAUUAUAAUCCUGACGAUGCUGUUGAUGGUACCGUGGUCAAUGCUGGAGCUACAAGGGUAAUGAUCAUGGAGUCGUCAGAGUUUCCGUCGGAAGACGAAUCCAAUCUUGUCCGUCCAUAUACUGAGUCAUUUCACAUUAUACAUCCUACCUACACUUACUGUUCAGAAGAUGUCAAAGCACUACCAAUUCAACUGACUAACUGGCACGAAGACGACUGCGACUGUCCUCGCGACUGUGAAUCCUUUAAUUAUCGAUCAGUGAUGAUGCUCGGGAACUUAAAUGCGCUGGAGCAACUUGUUGAAAAUCCUUAG